AUGUUCGGCAGUAACACAGGGUCCUCGUGGUCUAACCCACAAGGUAAUCAGCAGCAGACAGGGGCCUUCGGGCAGCCCUCAGGCUUCGGUGCCGGAAACGCGUUUGGAUCUGCUCCCAACACGAACACCUUUGGGCAGCCGCAGCCACAACCACAGCAGCAGACAAAUCCCAUGUUUGGCGGCCUCGGCGGAGCGUCGACAACGACGCCCUCGACCGGCUUUGGUACGUUCGGUGGCGCACCAAACAACACUGCGAAUUCUGGAGGUCUGUUCGGUCAGCCCAAGCCAACGACGACGGGUUUUGGCGCGUUCGGCGGCACGGGCACGACGAACACCUUUGGUGCACCUUCGACAGGGGCCUUCGGUUCGACGAACCAGGCCGGUCCUUCGACCGGCAGCAAUGUAUUCGGCCAACCAUCACAACCGUCGACGAGGUUUGGUGCUACUCCUUCGCCAGGACCAGCCAUUGGUGUAGUCGCGCCAGUGACAACAGGAUCCGUCAACCCACCUUACGCGCCAUUCCCCGAGAAGGAUACCAAUGGUACAAGUACGCUUCAUUACCAGAGUAUCACAUGCAUGCCGCAAUACCGUGGAUCAACUUUUGAAGAGCUUCGUGUGCAAGACUACCAGCAAGGCAGAAAGACUGCCGCUGCUACCGCUGCCGGAGGAUUCGGGCAGACCGCUUUUGGCGCCCCUGCUCAACAACAACCUACUGGCCUCUUUGGCCAACCGGCGCAGAACAACGCCGCGCCCGCUGCCAAUCCGAUGUUCGGUUCACUGGGGAACGCCAACAACAACGCCGCGAACGCCGGGACGACUGGCGGGUUCGGUGCCUUUGGACAACCGCAGAACAAUACAAAUGCUACCGGUGCUGGCGGUUUGUUCGGUGGCGGAGGCAACACAGGAAGUACUGGCGCGUUCGGUAGCACCGGUGCUUUUGGCCAACCCCAGAAUCAGCAACAGCAACAGAAUGCAACUGGUACCGGUCUUUUCGGCCAACCAGCGCAGCAACAGCAGAAUCCGAGUGGAUUCGGUGCUUUCGGCGCCAACAAUAAUGCUCCGAAACCAGGUCUCUUCGGCCAGCCUGCGCAGUCAAACACUGGCUUCGGUGCGUUUGGUCAACCGAAUCAGCAGCAGCCACAACCGCAGCAGCAACAGACUGGUACUGGUCUGUUCGGAACGAACACCAAUACGGGUGGUGGACUGUUUGGUAAUACCAACAAUCAGCAACCACCUCAACAGCAGCAACAGGGGACUGGACUGUUCGGUCAGCAACCUCAGCAACCGGCGACAGGCGGUGGCUUGUUCGGUGGAGGCGGCGGUCUGUUCGGCAACAAUAACCAGAACCAGAACCAGCAGCAACAACAACAGCCUGCACAGAACACUGGCUUUGGCCUCUUCGGUGCCCCGAAACCUGCCGCACCUGCGACUACGAACAAUGGUGGCGGUCUGUUUGGCAGCACUUCGGCCAACUCCAACCCCCUGUUCGGCUCGACGCUCGGCGCACCACCGAACAACCAACAGAACACGAGUGCCUUUGGUUCUGGUGGGUUGUUUAGCAAACCCGCUGCUCCGCUGGGUACUGCUCCUUCAACGGGUCAGCAGGGUGCUGGAUCUGGAGGCUCGUUGUUCGGUAACACGUUCGGACAGUCGUCGAACAACAUGAAUACCUCGGCGCUCGGCCAGAGCGCACAACCCCAAUAUACAGCCUCGAUCGCGCAGCCGUUCUCGACGACGCUGCCCAUCUUCAGCCUGCUACCACCAGGGCCACGCAUGAUUCCUCUGGACCAGCCCAAGAAGAAGACUGGUUACUUCUCAAACGUCCCUACGCGCACGCCGCUGCCGAGGCUAGGCUUGGACUAUACUCCACCCCUCUCGAAGCUACGCGGGUACACUUCUACUUCACAAGCUCCUGGCGCAAACGGUGCCAACAACAGCGUGCUGUUCGGCUCGAGCAAGCCGAAUGCGUUGUCGCUGAGCAAGGCGGCUAACGGCAAGAAUGCGCUGGGACCAGAAGCAUUCUUGACUGGUGGGAGCCCCAGUCCGACGCUCGGCAGCGGCGGCCGGAAGAGCAUGAAGAAGCUUAUUCUCGAUAAGAGAGUCGAGCCAGCGGAUCUGUUGAACAGGUCCAGGGUGAGGAAUGGUUCCGGGAUAUCGUUCAGUCCCGCUCUGAGCGUAGCCGCGCGCGAGGAAGCCGCUGCUAACCGCGCUUCUCCUGGGCCGCGCACGCAUGAUUCGCCAUCGCCAGCCCCUCAGCGGGACCGUACGCACAAUCAUUUCACUGCGCAGGGCAACGUGCUCAACGCAGGCUCGAACGGCGCGUCGCCGCAAGAAGACGGAGAACUUCGAGAAGGCGACUACUGGGUGACACCUAACCUUAGUACGCUCAGGAAGAUGAGCCACGAAGAGCUAGUCUCUGUCGGGGGUCUUGCCGUUGGGCGUCAAGGCUACGGUGUCGUCACUUUCCUCGAACCUGUCGACCUUACGAACGUGCCUAAACUCGGUGGCCUACUCGGCGAGCUCGUCCGGUUCGACGACAAGGAGUGUAGCGUCUAUCCAGAUAGCGACGAGGCGGAAAAGCCGCCGCCCGGCUCUGGUCUCAACGUCAAAGCGAAGAUCGAGUUGUACCGCUGCUGGGCGCUGGACAAGGCUACGCGGGAGCCUAUCAAGGACGAGACUAACCCGCAUGCGGUCCGACAUCUCAAGCGGUUGAGGAACAUGAAGCAUACUCACUUCGAGAGCUUCGAUAUUGAGGAGGGGAAAUGGACGUUCACUGUGGACCACUUCUGA